AUGGCUAAAGCGACCAGACCUAUUCAGCGUAACGAGGAACAUUAUGUCGCCAAGAUGAAUUUCAGAAGCGAGAAGAUUUUACAAAGUCAAAUUCAACGAUUAAACAAAGAGAAACUCUUGCAUGUGAAAGGCUUGAACGCCCAGAUACGAAGCUACGAGCGCAAACUCCAAAAAAUAAAAGACAGGGUUCUUGAAGUUGACAAGCUUUCGCGGAACUCUUCGGAUCCAUCUCAACGGCUUCCUACUCGAGAUCACUUUAGCAAACUAUCAAGCGAUACAACUCGCCAAAGACAAAUGGCAACCGGCGUUGGUUACUCCUACAUAGACCAACUUCUUGGAGCAUCGAAACCCCUUGUAAGUCGACCGUUGAGAUGGGGAAUAAACCCAUCUCUACCAAGUCUUCAACAACAGCCUUCUAAACCGAUUACUCUUGUCAGUGAUUCUUUCAACUCUAAGGCAUUUUUGACGGAGAUUAAAGGUCAGCCAAUCUAUCUUCGACCGCGAGAGGCCGUGUUUCUUAAAAGGCAACUCAGGCCCAAUGCUCUUUUACUGCCUCCCAUUACUUUGAAACAGAAAGACUUCGACGAAAAGGGAUCAGAAACUAGUUUGAUUCCGAGGGAUUCUCUUUCCGAAAAAGCUAAACUCCAGGAACUGGAUCUCUCGAGGGAAGAUGACGAAAUGAAAAAUCAAGAUGGAGCCUCUCAACUCUCUCCUAUUCCUGAGAUUGUGGAGGAAGCUGUGCAAGUUUCGAGAGAAGCGCGGAAAAAUGAUAGACAAGAACCAACUGAAAUUUCAGGACAAAAAGAAUCGAGAUUAGAGGAAGAACCGACUGGUUCUGAAACAUCCAACUUUUUGAAUGAGCCUAACAUCGUUGUUGAAAAGCGCGAGCCAAUUUUGGACAAGGAAAUGAAUGAGCUUCGCAGUUCAUCUAUACAUGGUCAUUUUUCUACCGAAUGCGAGUUUCCAACGCAUGGCUCAGAAAAUUUUACACGAAGCACAGAGCUGCUUCAUGAAACAAAUGACCAGCAAAACGAAAACAAGGCUAAUUCUUCUCGCUAUGAGCUUCAUGGUCGAAGAUUUUCGUUGUGA